CGUUCCUCUUCUCUCCCUUCUGAUUACCCCAGCUGGUCGUUAUAAUAUAACGGGUGGCCCGCACACGAGAUCCCGUUUUCGUCUGCGGUUCCAAGUAUACGGUUCUGUGUUGCCGGACUCGUCAUUAGCAUUAAUAAUAAUAACAGCUGCCGGGUGAGUAGAGGGCCUAUACCAAGUCGUCCUACUCAUAGUCAUCCCGGUCCACCUGAUGUGCGAAUUCCCCGAGCAUAAUCACCUAGCUUUAUAAAGCUCUAAUAACGUGGCACGAUACGGCCGAACCUUUCUCUGACCAAGUUUUCUUACGUCAACUCUCAAGAUGAAGCUGCUCUCGCUCCUCACGGUCCUGAGUACCACUGUACUUCCAGCGGCCGUUGUUUCUGCUCAGAAGCUUCCGCUCUCUACAUCAUCGCGUUGGAUCCUAGAUGCCGAUGGGCAGCGUGUCAAGCUGCGCUGUGUUAACUGGGCGGGUCAUCAGGAAGCCAACCUACCCGAGGGUCUAAACAAGCAGUCCAUCGACUACAUCGCCGACUUCAUCCAGCAGCAGGGUUUCAACUGCGUACGCUUAACUUACUCCAUCGAUCAUGCCUUGAACCCGGAUGUUCUGGUUUCGGACUCGUUCAACGCCGCUGCUAGCGCCGCCAACGUCUCAGUCACCGACAUGAGCGACAUGUACGCCCAAGUCGCCGCGAAGAACUCGUUCGUCAACGGCGCGACCACGCGAGCGGUGUACGAGGCCGUUAUCGCGGCGCUCUGGAAAAGGGGUGUGAUGACGAUCUUGGAUAACCAUGUCAGCAAGGCCAGCUGGUGCUGCAAUCUCGACGACGGAAAUGGGUGGUGGGACGAAGGGUUCGGGUAUAUCGCCUUGAACAGCCGCUACUUCAAGACGGAGGACUGGCUGAACGGCCUGCAGGCGAUGGCCGAGUGGUCGGUGAACCAGCCGGGCGUGAUCGCGAUGAGCCUGCGCAACGAGAUCCGCGAGCUGCUGCUGCAGGGCACGAACGGGCGCGCGGACUGGUACAACUUCAUGACGCAGGGCGCGGAGCGCGUGCACGCGGCGAACCCGGACCUGCUGAUCAUCAUGGGCGGGACGCAGAGCGCGACGGACCUGACGCACAUCCGCCUCAACCACACCAUCGACUGGAGCGCGUGGCAAGGGAAGCACGUGUGGGAGUUCCACGCGUACUCGUUCACCGUCACCUUCGCGCUGACCAAGGGCGACUGCGGCGCCACCCAGGACGCCUACGGCCUCUUCGACGGCUUCGUCCUCGUCCAGGACGAGGACUACACCGCGCCCCUCAUCCUCUCCGAGUUCGGCUUCGGCAUGACCGGCGGCCCUAACGAAGGUCUCUCCGACGACGAUAACUCGUACUUCCAGUGCCUGCGCGAGUACAUGACUGGUAACGACGCCGAGUGGUCUUUCUGGGCUGUUCAGGGCUCGUAUUAUAUCCGCCAGGGCACCGUCGACGCCGACGAGAGCUGGGGACUGAUGAACACGGAUUGGACCGGGCUGAGGAACCCGAAUGUCACGGGUUUGCUGGCGCCGAUGUUUAAUGUUACUCAGGGUCCUUAAAUAGGCGAUCUUGGGGUGAUCUUAGAAAUGGGGGAGUGAGGGGUUGAUUUGUGUGUUUGUGAGGGAUGUAUAUAGAUGGUUGGAUGGAUAUUGUGAGAUCCGAGGCUGACGAUGGAUAUAGUAUGUAUAUGUAUUU